AUGGCUCUGCCGACAGCCCUUCUCGCACAGGUGCACCCGCCGCCACUGCGCAGCCCCAUAGGCGGCAGCGGCCGCGAUCGAUUAAGCUGCACCGCCCACCGCCUAGCGCGCGCCCGACCCAUCGAUUGGCGGCGCAGGGAACACAAUUUCCAAGAAUCGUCAUGCGCUGUGGAGAUUGAGGAGUUACGGCAGUGCUGUCAGCUCUGGCGGGAAAAGUCUCUGGUGUGUUCGGGAAUCGACGUGACACCGCCAGAAGCAGCUCCUUCAAAUAAGAAACCAUCUGCAGCAGGCAGCUCAAAGCAGUAAACAAAUGGCAAUUGUUUUGAAGCUGCAGGAAUGAGUGAACACAAAGGCCCAAGGAUUUACAAGAAUAUACCUUCAACUGAAAAUAUCGACAAGCAAAUUCUACAAAGGAGGCGGCUUUUAGCUAAAGAUCAACCACUGUUUAAACGAUAUCCUCGCUUAUUUGUUUCUUCAGUGACAGGAGUAUUAUUUUGUAUUCUUUAUUCAAGGUUUAUUUAUGAGGCUAUCUUUGAAGAACCACUAGCAAUACAGUCUGAGCCACAAAAGAAGAAAAUAUUAAAGUAAUGGAAUCUGUGAAAAGAGCAAAAGCACGUGUUCGGCAGUAUCCCACUCUCUUGGUGGAAUGUGCUCCUAUGGCCACUGCAUAUGCAAAAUGUGUAUUAACCCAUUCAAACCUCAGCAAAGGAGAUUGUGAGGAGACAUUUCAAGCAUUUCAUCGGUGCAUGAGAGAAGCUGCCAAAAGAGCAAGCACCCGUCUGUGAGAAGGAAAGUAUUGUAGUUUUCCUAGUUUAAUAGAAUUUGGAUGUAGAUGAAUUCCAAUAUCAGAUUGUGUAAAUAAUAACAUAUAAAACUGAAACAAUAAAAUGUGCAGUGCAUGAAAUAAUCAGCAUUUUUAUGUACUAAGACUACCCAACAGGCACUAAUUAAUCCUGGUGCUUAUCAAAACAAGUGUUUAUUCAAUUAUAAAAUAGUGUAAAAUGGAAGGCAUUCAGAAACAUUUAUUUACGGCCUUUACUCUACGAAUGAUCCUUAUCACGUACGGAGUGUUCCAUGAUCGAUUGUUUCCAGUUGCUUACACAGAUAUUGACUAUAAGGUGUUUACAGACGCUGCCAGACAUGCAUGGGAAGGACGAUCACCUUAUGACAGGGUUACUUAUCGCUAUCCGCCACUCAUUGCUUGGCUUUUAAUACCCAAUUUAUGGCUAGCAAUUUGGGGCAAACUGCUCUUUUCUGUGGCUGAUGUUUUAGUUGGUUGGCUAAUUUACAAACUUGCUGUGAGACAAGGGUGCACUCAAUCCAAAGCAAUAUUUUGUGCAAAAAUCUGGCUAUAUAAUCCUAUUGCAAUAAUUAUUUCUACAAGAGGUAAUUCUGAUGCCUUGUCAGCUGCUUUGGUUUUGAGUUCACUUCUGUUUGUCAUUCAAAACAAAGUGCGUCCCCUCUGGGCUGGAGUGUUGUUAGGUUUGGCGAUCCAUGUAAGGCUCUAUCCAAUUGCAUUCUCCCUGCCUAUGUAUCUCUGUAUGGGGCCUCGACCCACUGGAAAGAAAAAACAAUGGCAGAAUCGAAUGUUUGCAGUUUUGUGGCCUAAUUCCAGCCGUCUCAUGAUUACAUUGGCGUGUACGUUUACGUUAGCGUUUCUUACUGGUAUCGGAUGGUUGAUGUAUGGCUGGCCUUGCCUGGAUGAAAGUAUUUUGUACCACUUACGUAGACGUGACACCCGCCACAAUUUUUCAGUAUAUUUUUACUUACUGUACCUUGGAGUUGGGCAACCAUUGGCCCUAUGGCAACGUGUUGCGAUGCUAUUUCCUCAAGCAAUAUUACUGUUUGCUUUGUCUGUGACAUUUGGAACGAGAAGAAAUACUUUGCCGUUUUGUUUGUUGACGCAGGCCAUUGUGAUGGUUGUAUAUAAUACUGUAGUUACUGCACAAUAUUUUGUGUGGUUCUUAUCACUUCUCCCCCCUAUUAUCCCUUUCCUAGAUAUCAGAUGGAAGGAGGUGGUAAGAAUUGUAUUAGUGUGGGUUGGCGCUCAAGUCACCUGGCUGGUACCUGCUUAUCUGUUAGAAUUCAAAGGUUCAAAUAGCUUUCUCCAUAUCUGGUUUCAUGGUUUGGCCUUUUUCUGUGCAAGUAUUUUUGCAUUAGGGUGUUUAAUUAAGGCAUAUUGUCCCCCUGAUGCACGUAGAUUUAAAUGGGAAUAAUGUGAGUUUUAAACACAAGGUAUAAGCACAUGUAUUGGCUAAAGUUAUGGAAAUUUCUAGUUUCUUUUAAUUCUGGGUUGCUGCGAAACUAUAUUUGUUUUGUGAAAUACAAUGGUUGAUUAACAAACCUCUUGCUGAAUGGAUACCUUUUGCCUAAAAAAGACCCAUUCUCAUUUUGUUUAUUUUCUAUUAAUUUAUUUCCAGACAUUUUGAUCCAGUGUGGCGAUUUGGAAACUGCAAAAAUUUGGUAAUUUCCUGAUACUCAACCUAGCAUUAGCCACAUAUUAUACCCCGGAAUGUGUUCGACACUAAGCCUCUCUCAAAAAAUGCUGUGACAUGUUAUUGUAAUGCCCAUAUUAAUAACACAUUUUCUGCCUAUUUUGUAUGCAUAAAAGAAUGAAAAAGAAAGGGAUUGUCUACAUUUUACUCCUUGCUGAUUGAAGGCCUUCUGCAAGUUUCAAGAAGUCUCCAAUCUUUUUUUAUUUUUUCCUCCCAAGGCCUUGAAGUGGUCACGCUGGUGUCUACCCUACUUGAUGGAAAAUCUUAAGGACAGAAAUUGUGAUACUGUUCUUCAAAUUCAAAUGUACUUUCAGAAGUAUAUAAUGCUUUUGUUCGUGAAAUGAGUUUAACAAGAAAACUGCUUUUUCAGUUUGUUGCUUUCGAGUAAAUUGUUGGCUUUAGAUUUGCCUCGUGAAUUUCAUUUGUUCUCAUUCCUUACUUCAUAUUACAAAAUCUUACUUCCCAGAUGCUCUUGUAAAAUCUGGUGUUUAUGAGGCAUCCGAUUGUCAAUUCCUUGAAUUAGAAAUUUGUACAAAGGUUUCUUUCAGCUAGUAUGUUGUUGUUAAACAUUUCAAAAAGUAUUCAGUUUCUUUGUGUAAUUUCAAAUGAAUAUAUAAUAAACUGUUAUACCAAUUCUUAUACUGCAUAAAAUAUUAGAAAGAAGUCAUGCAAGUUGAAAAAGCACUUAAUCAUAUUUUGGAAUGAAGUAAAUAUCAUUCCUACCAACUAUUAUCAAGACUAUCCUGUGAAAACAAUCCUUUGUAUCAUCACUAUGUAUUACAUACAUUACUUUUUCUUUUUGUUGAAAAUAUUGUUUUGUGUCAUGUUGAAACAUAUUAUUGUGUAAAUUCAAAAAAAUUAAAUAUUUUAGUAUUGAAAACAUUAUCAACUUAUGUAAUAACUAACAAAAGAAUGCUUUUGAUCACUUCAAUAUUUAAAGAAUAAGUCAGUACUUUUAAAGAUCAAUGAGUCUUGUAUUUUCUAAUGGACCACAUCGCAGACAACUACAAAGAAAUAUAGUGAAGUGUUGUUUUCCCCAAUCCACUUCGCAGAGAACAUAAAUAGUUUUAAUGUAUAAAGAAAUUAGAUGAUUAAGAUAUUCUUAAUACUUCUUGUUUGAGUAUAUUAUGUAUGUUAAUGAAUGAUUUCCUUUCUCUUCCAUAAAUUACCAUUGGUAAAUUUCUGAUUCUUCUUGGCUCUAGUCGCUCCCAUGAUUUUUGUACUUUGGUGUACUUACGAAAAGACAAUGUGAGUUUUCUAAAAAUUUGUAUAUACCUGUUGAUUUAUAAUAAAUUAUCAAAUUCUUUUGACUUUUUUCUUUUGAGACUAGUGAAAUGGCAAUUAAUUAGAAAAAGCAAUUUUACUUAAGAAUGUUGCUUGUUAAUUGAGGGGAGAAAAGAAUCCUUCACAUUCAACAGAUGAUAGUAGUCGUUUCAAAAAAAAAAAAAAUUGCACACAUUUCUUUCAUUUGUACAAAACACAAAAUGUGACUAAUGAAAUAAAAUUACCUUUAGUUUCUUUCUAAGUUUAGUUUGGGAUUUUACAAAUGACAAAUGCAGUGAAGCUCUGAUCUCAUGGUACCCCGAUUUAAGGUAAACCCACUGUUAAGAUAAAUAUUUUUGGUCCCAAAAAUGCCACGCUAAAAAACAAUGCAUUUCCAUCUCUGAUUUAGUAUUGCAUGCUCUAGUAUGAAAACACCCUUCUAAAGAAAGCCAACAUUCAUUAACUUUUCAGGGUUCUUAAUUCUCACAAAGCCACAUACCAGAGCAUCAACCGAGAAAGACAAAAACAUGCUAUGAUGUUUUGAGGAGCAGUGCAAUCUUUUGUAUUCACUUUCUUCUGUUGGAGUUGUGCUGAAAAUUGCUUUAUUAGACACCGACUAGUAAAAGUGAUUACUUUUAUGGCAUGCACAGCAUGCUAAAAGUUCUAUUUUUAGCACUAGUGUUAAAAGUGAGAUAAUGCUCAAAUAAAAUUGUGAAUACAACAAAGAAAUCAAAAUACUUUUUUUUGACCGCAUCAGCUACUAUUGAUCUUAAUGUAACAAUUAAGUGAUUUGUGUACUUGAAAUAAAGCAAAAGGAAAGACUGUGAGACUUUCUCAAAAAUAGUACUGUACACACAUGGUAAAAGUGAUUAUUUUGCUCACUGGAUUGCGCUACUCAGCUGGUCAGCCUCGUGAAGUGACAUUUUAUACAUGCAAAAUAAAAUGUCACUUUUACCAUUCUAUCAAAAAUAUCUAUUAUUCCUUCUUCUCUUUUCAAGUGAACGUUUUCUGUUUCUCUGCUUUUCCGUUAGUGUUAUGCGAUAGUUACCGAUUAUAAAAUUUUCAAUAAGAAAACAAAUUAAACAGUAACUGUUGUGAAAACUAUUUAUAAGGUUAGUAAUAUAGAAAUAAAGCAUAUAUUUGAAAUUUGAUGUUAUUUAUAUUAUCUACCCUGUUUGUAUAAACAGCCA